UUUGGUAUCAAAAUUGAGUUGUUCGCUCUUGAAAUUAUGAGGUUUCUCUAUUUAUUAGGAAAAGCAGUUUGUGACAAUAAAGAUAAUUAGUGAAGUUUGAGCAAAUAAAAGAACAUCUUUUCACCCGUCUUAAUUUUUUUGGGUGCCCUCUCCCUUUUCCUUUCCAUGAACUCAUACUGUAUUCAUGCCUCCUCCUCCCCCUCCCGACCAUUUCCAAACCAAAUCCCAAACAUGUCCUUCUUACUAGAACAAUUUACAAAUGUUAACAUCCCCAUCCCCUUUUCUUGGUCCCAUCUCUCCAGGGCUAAGUGUACUACACACUUCAGUGAUAGCACAGAGAGCCGACCACCAAAAUGCCUAGCAGAGACCCCAGGUUGUACGUUAAGGCCGUACCUCUGCCCAUUGACAGUCAGAAGGGACUCAAACUCCAGGCCCGCAGCGCCCAGGUUUACAACCCAACCAGCCCUACCAGAGAUGAGGUUCGCCAGUGGAACUACAACCGCAGACUGCAGCAGAGAACAGACCAGGGUUUCUACGCCCACAACUUCCGACCCUACAAGGGACUCGGGGAUCCUUUUUACCUCGAAGAAAAGAAACUGAUACUGCAUGCCCUGGGACAGUGGGACGAGACUGUGGAGUGGGAGACGUCUAGCAGCUCCGAAGACGAGGACGAUGGGGAGGCAACUUUUGCUAUCGCACCACAGUCCACUAUGGUGAGUUGUCUGCACUUGAACCUACUUGGUUACUUUGCUACUUAA